CAGAUUUUAAGCGUUACUAUGGGCUGUUAUCUGAAUCUGUGGUUCUGAAUGCCAGUACAUGUACAUGUGUGUCACGAUAAAGGAUUGAUAUCAUUUCAAUGUCAAUUAUAUCAAAGGAUUCGAUACUGGUAUUGACUGUUUUAACAUGUUUUUUCUCGACAAUUUAUUGCACACGGAUAUGCUAUUCAUGCACAAAUUUGCAAGAAAAUGAAAAAUGUUUGCACGCAGUUCAGUGUCAGAAUGACGAGGUCUGCUUCACACAAAAGUAUGAGACUACCGAAAACGUUAUUCGCUACGAUGUUGGUUGCACUUAUCCUGAGAUAUGUCGUAAGGAUUUAACUGGGAAUCUGGUAGGACGUAGAAGUGACCAUUCCCAUAUGAUGUGUCAAAAAUGUUGUAAUGGUUCUCAUGUCUGUAAUGAUGAUUUAACGUGUGACAAUAGCUUAAUAGGUAAGACUUAA